GACAGUUCCCAUUUCCCCAUAUUCACACGGAUUAUGAGGAUGGAGGGAACCAGCUCAUCUCCCAGCCUCAACGGGGGCACGGGCUACUAUGCCAAGGAGGCCGGGGCCAUGGCGCUGGACGGGAUCCGCAUGCCGGACGGCUGCUACGCGGACGGGACGUGGGAGCUGAGCGUCCAUGUCACCGACCUGGGCCGCGACGUCACCCUGCGGGUCACCGGCGAGAUCCACAUCGGCGGCGUCAUGCUGCGCCUCGUCGAGAAGCUCGAUGUCAAGAAGGACUGGUCUGAUCACGCUCUGUGGUGGGAAAAGAAGAAAACUUGGCUCCUUAAAACUCACUGGACGUUGGAUAAAUACGGGAAUCCAGGCGAUGCCAAGCUCCAGUUCACCCCUCAGCACAAACUGCUGCGCCUGCAGCUGCCCAACAUGAAGUACGUCAAGGUCAAAGUCAACUUCUCUGACAGGGUCUUCAAGGCUGUUUCUGACAUCUGCAAAACCUUCAACAUCAGGCAUCCAGAAGAGCUCUCCCUUUUGAGGAAACCCAGAGAUCCAUCAAAGAAGAAAAAGAAGAAAUUGGACGAUCAAUGUGAAGACGACACCUUCGAGCUGGAGGGGCCUCUGAUCACGCCAGGGUCGGGCACCGAUAUUCUUUACAUCGGCCCCGUCAAAGGAAAUAUCUAUUCAAGCCCAGGACUCUAUAGCAAAACGAUGACGCCGACCUACGACGCCCACGACGGCAGCCCCCUGUCCCCCACGUCCGCCUGGUUCGGUGACAGCGCCCUGUCCGAGGGCAACCCGGGAAUCCUGGCCGUGAGCCAGCCCGUCACCUCCCCGGAGUCCUUAGCCAAAAUGUACAAGCCCCAGACGCUGCUCGAUAAGGCCAAAAUCAACCAAGGGUGGCUGGACUCGUCCCGAUCCCUCAUGGAGCAGGAGGUGAAGGAAAACGAGGCUUUGCUACUCCGGUUCAAGUACUACAGCUUUUUUGACCUGAAUCCAAAGUACGACGCGAUCAGGAUCAACCAGCUGUACGAGCAGUCCAAGUGGGCCAUCCUGCUGGAGGAGAUCGAGUGCACGGAGGAGGAGAUGAUGAUGUUUGCAGCACUGCAGUACCACAUCAACAAGCUAUCCAUCAUGUCCUCCGAAAACCACCUGAACCACAGUGACAAGGACGUGGACGAGGUGGACGCCGCGCUCUCAGACCUGGAAAUCACCUUGGAAGGUGGCAAGACGUCAACAAUCCUGGGUGACAUCACUUCCAUCCCUGAGCUCGCUGACUACAUUAAAGUCUUCAAGCCCAAGAAGCUGACGUUGAAAGGCUACAAGCCCUACUGGUGCACCUUCAAAGAUACCUCCAUCUCCUGCUACAAAAGCAAAGAGGAAUCCAACGGGACUCCUGCUCACCAGAUGAACCUGAGAGGAUGUGAAGUUACCCCUGAUGUGAACAUCUCUGGUCAGAAAUUCAACAUCAAACUCCUGAUUCCAGUGGCAGAGGGGAUGAACGAGAUUUGGCUGCGCUGUGACAACGAGACGCAGUACGCCAGCUGGAUGGCCGCCUGCCGCCUGGCCUCCAAGGGCAAGACCAUGGCCGACAGCUCCUACGGCAUGGAAGUGCAGAACAUCCUGUCCUUCCUGAAAAUGCAGCAUUUGAACCCAGACCCGCAGCUCAUCCCAGAGCAGAUCAACACUGACAUCAACCCCGAGUGCCUGGUGUCUCCUCGCUACCUGAAGAAGUACAAGAACAAGCAGAUCACGGCGCGCAUCCUGGAGGCUCACCAGAACGUGGCCCAGAUGAGCCUCAUUGAGGCCAAGAUGCGCUUUAUCCAAGCCUGGCAGUCGCUGCCCGAGUUCGGCAUCACGCACUUCAACGCCAGGUUCCAGGGUGGGAAGAAGGAUGAGCUGAUCGGCAUCGCCUACAACCGGCUGAUCCGCAUGGACGCCAGCACGGGCGACGCCGUCAAGACCUGGCGCUUCAGCAACAUGAAACAGUGGAAUGUCAACUGGGAGAUCAAAAUGGUGACGGUGGAGUUCGCGGACGAGGUGCGGGUGUCGUUCAUCUGCACCGAGGUGGAUUGCAAGGUGGUGCACGAGUUCAUCGGGGGCUACAUCUUCCUGUCCACGCGGGCCAAGGACCAGAACGAGAGCCUGGACGAGGAGAUGUUCUACAAACUGACCAGUGGCUGGGUGUGAGCCCCGCAGCCUCGCCCCACAGGAACCCCCAUGGCCAUAUUCAUGUUUAACUUUCCAAAGCUGUCCUUUGACAUAAUGCUGCUUAAUAAAGUAAGCUUGAAAUGUAUCUUUUUUUUUUUUUUUUUAACAAUUGGAUUUUUCGUUGGUUUUUUUCUUUUUUUUUUCUUUUUUUUUUUACUUUUUUUUUUUUUUCUUCAUUACCAGACCAGUUAAUCUGUGUGCACUAAUGAGCACUUCUGUUAAUUUGCUAUAACCAGACCGUGUCUGGGCAGGGUGACGGUGACCCACAGAUCCAGACUCCGAUGGGCAGAUCAGGAUAAAGAUUUAACUGACUUAAAAAAAGCCAAUUUUUGAAGAGAACUCUAAGCCAUCUUCUUGUAAAGCCAUCCAGGGCUAACCUAUAUGAAGUCUAUUUAUCAUGUUUAAUGCAUGAGUGUUUUAUUUCCUUUUUUUUGUGUUUUUAUUCUGUACAUUUGACCUGUUUGAAGUCGUCCUGCUCCCAAGCAGAGCUGCCAUCUCUCCUCUCACACUACACCAGGACUCUGAAGGUGCCUGACAUGACUUUGAGGAUAGUUUUGUGUGGCCUCGAAGAUGAUCUUCUGUUAGUCUGUUAUAGCUUGGUUUUAUUUGUUUAACUUGCCUUUUGAUAAUCAUUUAUAUUGUCUCUUUUUUUUUAAUUUUAUUUGUACACCGUAUUGUAUUAUGACACUUUUAGUAUUCACCAGCAUAGUCACUGUUCUGCCUCUGAUAUGCAAAUUUUUUCAUUACGAUAUGAAGUAAAAGGUUUAUGAAGUAAAGGUUUUUGUGUAACUAAUGUAAAAAACCACAAAUUUUAUAAAGUUGUACAGUUUUUGUAACUAGUCUCACAAGCCAGCUAGGAUAUUGCAUAGAUCAGCAGUAACUGUGGGAUGUCUGGAAGGGGUACGGGGACAAACCGAGGAAUAAAAAACCCACAAAAAAUACAAUUUCAGUCCAGUAAAUUUUGAUCUAAGUUAAAGGGGAUUCCAGAGCUGUGCCACAACACCCUCAGUAGCUGAUCCCUGGGCCCAGGGCUGCCAGGUUCAUUAAGCCAUUCCCACAUUAAUGCUAACGAGGAGGGGUCCUGUGCCCACCUAAUGCCAAGGAAUAUCCAGUGUUGCGUUCCCACAGUCUGUGGUAUCAAGACUAUGUUCAAAUACAUUUUAUUUUAAAUAAAAGUCAAAUCUUCUAUUUAA